GAUACAUGUCUUCUAUAAGGCUCUAACUGAAGCUACAGUUGCAAACAAGGAGUUUACCUUCUCAAAGUAACAAUGCUGAACUCUGUGGGACUGAGCUUUAUGCUGCUGCUCUCAGCAGUGGGAGCAGCAAUCGUGGAGAGAGUGGGGUAUGACUACUACAAAUAUCAUCCCAUGCCGGAGAUCACUAAUUGGAUGACUCAGAUGGAGAAGGAUUACCCUGGUGUUGUAAGCAUAGUAAACUACGGAAAGAGCUAUGAAGGCAGAACUAUUAGCUUACUCAAGAUUGGUCUGAAUACUGGAGAAAAAAAGAAAGCUAUCUGGAUGGACUGUGGUAUCCAUGCCAGGGAAUGGAUUGCCCCAGCAUUCUGUCAGUACUUUGUCUCACAGAUUCUGCAAACAUACAAAACAGACCCAAAAAUGGAACAGAUGAUGAAGGACAUGGACUUCUACGUCACACCAGUCCUCAACGUUGAUGGCUACAUCUACUCCUGGAAGGACAACACAACUCGACUGUGGAGGAAGAACAGGUCACCGGGACCUGCAGGCUGUGAUUGUUAUGGCACCGAUCUCAACCGCAACUUUGAGGCCAACUGGGGCACAAUCGGGGUAUCAUUUGACUGCUGCAGCCAAACCUACUGUGGGACCAAACCCGUGUCUGAGCCUGAGACCCAGUCUGUAAUGAAUUUCCUAGCAAGCCGAAAGGAUGACUUCCUGUGUUUCCUCACCAUUCACUCCUACAGUCAGCUGCUCCUGAUUCCCUUUGGACACCCUGACUUCACCGCCAACAACUAUGAUGAGCUGAUGGAGGUGGGUUUGGGAGCAGCAGAGGCCAUUCGGAAGAUCCAUGGGAUGGAGUACAUUGUAGGAACGUCUCCGGCUGUAUUAUACGCCAACUCUGGUUCUUCCAGAGACUGGGCUCGGAUGCAGGGGAUCCCGUUAUCGUACACCUUCGAGCUGAGAGAUAACGGUACAUUCGGCUUCGAGCUCCCUGAAGAUCAGAUCAAGCCGACCUGUGAGGAGGCCUACAGCGGGGCCCUGCACAUCAUCACCUACACCCACGAUAAGACCUUCAACGGAGCUGUGGUCACCGCUGCUGCCACCCUUUGGACCGUGCUGUUAGCAGUGGGUGUCACCGGAGCCAACCUGAUUUGAGGUGGACCUGCUCUUCUCUCAGGCAUCCUGCUAUAAAUGACAAUUCUGUUUAGUUCUUUAACUUAACCCUCCUGUUGUCCUCAUUUACAGGCACCAAAAAAAUACUGUUUCCUUGUCUGAAAAAAAAUUCAGCAAAAAAAUUCCCCAAAUCUCUGAAAAUCUGCAAAACCUUCAGGAAGAAAAUUCCAAAAAUUCCUUCAAAGUUUCCCUUGAAAGUUUUAUUUUAAAAAAUCCCCCAAAUUUGGCAAGAAAAUUCUUGUAUUUUCAAAAAAGAGUAAAAAUCUUCCAAAAUUAAUCCUAAAAAUAUCUAAAGUACAUAUAUAUCAGUAAAACUUGUAAUAUUUUCUUUAAGAAUAUUCACAAAAAAAUCUAACCAAAAUCCAGUGAAAUUUGCUGGAUUUUGGUUGAUUUUUUUGUGAAUAUUCUUAAACUUUUUUUUUUAACAUUUUUUUUUCCCCACCAAAAAAUGUUCAAAAACUUCCCUAAAAUGUAGAAAAUGUGGACGUCAAAAGUUUCACUGUGAGAAUGUAUUUUUUUCCACAUCUUCAAACUUUAAAACGGGUCAAUCUGACCUGCAGGACUACACGAGGGUUAAAGAUAAUAUGGAAAUGUAUCUGUUGAACAAAUAAUAACUCAUCCGACAAACUAUUUUAGGUGAAACGUGUAUUUAAAUGUACUGAAAUGUUUAUUUCUGUAAAGAAAGCUCCAUAAAUGUAAUAUUAUAACCAGUAAUUUAUCUUUGAAUAUCAUGCUAUAUGCAUUAUAUUUUUAUUGUGUCUUUUAAACAUAACUGAAGUCAGUACAUUUAUCAAAUCUGCAUUUAUUUGUUGAUUUUCAAGUCUGGAAAAAAAAUCCCAGCUGACAAUCUUCAAUUCCCAAAAUAAAAAAAAGAAUGCAUUAUGUA